AAAGGUCAAACAGUUAACCUGCAUUUUAAUGUCGUCUAACUGUCAAAACAUUUUCUCUCCAAUUGGAAAAUGUACCAGAAUACGUGCGGGGCAGCGGCGACUGCGGGUGGCUGUGUAGAAACGGACAAGGACUGCCACAGUCUCAUUUCCAAAGAACCCGUCGUGCCAGCAGUCGAACAUGACUACAGCGGCUUCGACAUCGUUAAGGCUACUCAGUAUGGUGCCUUUGCCAGAGUUAAAGACCUGGUUGAGGCUGGGUACAAUGUGAACCAGAGGGACAGCGAGACAGUCACUCUGCUGCACUGGGCUUCAAUUAACAACCGAAAAGAUAUUAUGAGAUACUUCAUUGAUAAGGGAGCUGAGGUGGAUGCAAUUGGAGGAGAGUUGAAUGCAACACCAUUGCAUUGGGCUACCAGACAGGGACAUCUUGAUGCAGCUGUGUUGCUGAUGAAUUCUGGUGCUGAUCCCACACUCAGAGAUGCUGAGGGUUGUUCCUGCAUACAUUUGGCAUCACAGUUCGGGCACACCGCUCUCGUUGCGUACUUCGUGGCGCGAGGGGUCAGCCCUGAUCUCGUGGACAGAGGCGGGAUGACGCCUCUGAUGUGGUCCUGCUGGAAGGUUUGCAGCUUGGAUCCUACCCGGGUUCUACUGACUUUGGGCGCCAACACGAGCUUGGCCGACUCAAAUCAAGGCAACACGGCCCUGCAUUGGGCUAUUUUAGCUAGAAACACUAUAGCAAUAUCCACAUUAGUAUUACAGGCACAAGCUAGUUUAAAUAUACCAAAUCAUCGCGGGGAUACUCCACUGUCAAUGUUGCAAACGAAUUUAGGGGCCGUCUGGGUGGGACCGAAGGUGGCCGAGAAAGUUAGGGAGAAUAUGAGCACGUUGCGAUCAAGAAAUAUAUUUUUUAGGAUAGCAAAAGACAAGCGUGUGAAAUGGUGGUGCAUGGUCGGCACACCGUUUCUGACGUUCUACGUGGCUGGUUUAAUAUUAGGAUCAAGUUUGUUGUUUUUAAUUAAGAUAUUCCUGUUUCUCUGCUUGUACAUUGUGCUGAAUUCGGCUGGACAAAUUCUGUUCGACGACAGGUUGAUGGCCAUCCUUCCGCUUAGCAUUUACGUAUCCACGAAAAUCUGGAUGUACUUUACAUGGUUCAUCUACAUCAUGCCGAAUACGAGCAUCCUUAUUAACCUGGUGUUCCUCUCCACUUCGGGCCUCCUCUGGUACUGCUUCCUGAAGUCGUGGAAAGGCGAUGCAGGGACGAUAAACGCAACUCAGGAUGUCAGGUUCAGAACUAUAAUUGAAUUGGCCGAACGUGGUACCGGAGGUUUCGAACCGUCUCUCUUCUGUUCGACGUGUCUUGUCCGCAGACCGCUGCGAUCCAAACAUUGCUCAGUGUGCAACAAAUGCGUGGCAAGGUUCGAUCAUCACUGUCCGUGGGUUGCGAAUUGCAUCGGUGCUAAAAAUCACAAGCAUUUCAUCGGAUUCUUAGCGUGUCUGGUCAUCAUGUGCGGGCAAAUGUUGAUCGGCACAGCCAAGUAUUGGCAGAGUGAGACCGAGUGCAUCAUCGAUAGGAAUGAGAGCUACGCAACCGUCGCAAUGGCAAUAGCAAGAUGCGAUCCUUGGGUCGCCUUCAUCGCAGCUAAUGCUCUCCUCCAUUUUGCCUGGGUCUCCAUGUUACUCGUCUGUCAGAUCUACCAGAUUUCUUGUUUGGGGAUGACGGCCAACGAGAGGAUGAACCGCUGCAGAUACAACCACUUCAUCACGAACAAUGGGAAGAGCCCGUUCUCCAAAGGUCCUCUGAUGAACGUUGCAGAGUUUUUCGAAUGCACGUGCUGCGGUCUCAUGAAGCCGCAGAUGAAAGACUGGAUGACGAGCUUCGACCUGGAGAAGAAUAUCGAGCAUCAGCCGUUGCUCAGGCACAAAGACAAUUAUCAAUACGUCUAAAUAAAAUGAACAUCCAAAUUUAAAAACAAAAGAAAUAAUACAUGUGUGUAUAGCUUAUGUCAUCAAGAACAAAAAGAGAUGGAUGGAUAGUGAAGAGACGAACGGACAAAGAUGAACACAUUCCAACAUUGAUUUUUUUUCUUAUAAAUGUGGAUUUUUAAAACGAUAAUUUUAAACUCGCGCGCGCCUCUUUACCCUUUUUCGCCUACACACCUCCACCUCCGCAAAUGUUACCUAUUAUAUAUUAAAAAAAAAAUAAUAAUAAUAUUGAGAGAGAUACAAGAAUAAUCUAGUCAACGUACUUACGUUUUAUUUUUUA